GGAUGUUGAAGAAAGAAUAGGAGAAUUCAUAACAAGAGCGAAAAAGAAUCCAAAAGGCAAAAGAAAAAAAUAGCCGUUACUCAGGUCCCACCAACCAACCCAUACCAACCACGUGCCUUUUAGCGCCAAUAUUAAACAAACCGCCGAUAAUAAUCACCUCUAAGGAAAAUAAUAAUUUACUCAGCAAAUUUAAUGGAUUAAGGACGAAGAAUAUAUGUAAUUGAAAGAAAAAGCAAAGAUGAAACGGCAGAAGUUUGCUGGCUCUCCGUUGGUAGAUUUCGUCGUAUUAAUUCCUUUUAAUACGUUUUAUAACAACAUCGGGUGAGGAAAGCCAAGUGAAAACCAAAAGCCAAACCCCAGGAUUUGCCGCAUUCUUGCUGGCUGAUCGGCAGCAAAGCCCCGAACUCUGACUUCCUUUUGAUUUGCAGCCAAUUUUCAUCAAGGCUUCUGCUUUCUCGCCGGGAUUUUCUUCCGGCGAGUUUUUCUAGCUCGAAGUAUCCUCGAACUGGGAAAGGAAAGCUGCUGCCUUGUGUUUCCUUUCCAGAACUCUGGUUUCGUUACGGCGCUGUGCUUUACCUUGCGUUUUUGUGCCUUCCACAUUUCACUGCCGGGGUCGAGGAAUUGGGUUGGACUCCAAUUGCGGAGUUCUCGUCGGGAGCUUUCUUCAUUUUCGGCGGUUUGGCUCCGUGAACAGGUGAAAUAAGUAAAGCUUGCGGCUUUUAGGACACUCUCUGUUAUUUUCUUUGGCAUAUUCAAAUAGAAAAAAGUUGGGUAGUUCAAGUUUGUUUGUCUCGGUAGAAUGCUGAAGAGGGGAAACAGUCGGAAAAAAGAAUGGCACAGUCCGUUUGGUUUCGGAGGAAAACAGAGAGGCCUCUGUUCUUAGAGUGACAUUAAGUUUCAAUGGCUAUCUAGUUGCUGUAUGAUUGAUAAGGGUAUGUCUCUGUCUUAAUAGAAAGAUAGUUUUGCCUAUUUGGUUGUCAAAUUAAGUUGCAUGAGUUUCCUUUUGUCUAUGAAACUCCAAAUUGGAGAGAUGAAAAUGGGAAAAAAAAACUGAUGAAUUCUGACAAUUCUGUUUGAUUUGAUUGGGAUUCUCUUCAAUCGCAGGAAACAGAGCCCGGAGGAAAGUCGCAGUGAACAUUAGAUAUGGCGACAAUAAGUGAUAUAGGCGUAUCAGCAGGAAUAAACAUACUCAGUGCAUUUGUUUUCCUCAUUGUAUUCGCCGUACUUCGAGUUCAGCCCUGGAAUGACAGGGUCUACUUCCCCAAAUGGUACCUUAAGGGUUUAAGGACUAGUCCAACUGGGUCGGGGACACUUGUUGGGAAAGUUGUGAAUUUGGACUUCAGAUCAUAUCUCAAAUUUCUCAAUUGGAUGCCUGAAGCUCUUCGAAUGCCGGAGCCGGAGCUAAUUGAUCAUGCUGGGCUGGACUCUGUUGUUUAUUUGAGGAUCUACUUGUUGGGGCUUAAGAUAUUUGUUCCAAUUGCAAUUCUGGCUUUUUCAAUCUUGGUGCCCGUUAACUGGACCAACAAUACAUUAGAGAAGACUGAUUUGACUUUCAGUGACCUGGAUAAGCUUUCUAUAUCCAACAUUCCACUUGGAUCACCCAGGUUCUGGACCCAUUUGGUGAUGGCUUAUGUCUUCACUUUCUGGACAUGUUUUGUGUUGAAGAGGGAGUAUGCAACUGUGGCUUCAAUGCGGCUGCAUUUCCUUGCAUCUGAGCAUCGUCGCCCUGAUCAAUUCGCGGUACUUGUUAAAAAUGUGCCUCCAGAUCCUGAUGAAUCAGUAGGUGAACUUGUAGAGCAUUUCUUCUUAGUCAAUCAUCCAGACCAUUACCUCACUCACCAGGUUGUUUACAAUGCUAAUAAAUUUUCCGGCUUAGUCGCGGAGAAGAAAAAAUGUCAGAAUUGGCUAGACUACUACCAAAUCAAAUACUCAAGAAAUCCUUCUACUAAACCCACGACAAAGACUGGUUUUCUUGGCAUUUGUGGUGCAAGGGUGGAUGCAAUCGACCACUAUACAUCUGAGAUUGAAAGAAUCUCAGGAGAAAUCUCAACAGAGAGGGAGAAGGUCAUGAGCAACCGGGAUGCUAUCAUGCCCGCGGCAUUCGUUUCCUUCAAAACACGGUGGGCUGCUGCCACUUGUGCACAAACACAGCAAUCCAGGAAUCCAACAGAGUGGCUGACUGAAUGGGCUCCUGAACCCCGGGACGUGUACUGGGACAACUUGGCCAUACCAUAUGUUUCACUCGCGAUCAGGAGGCUCGUCAUCGGUGUUGCAUUCUUCUUCCUUACCUUCUUUUUCAUGAUCCCAAUCUUCUUUGUGCAGUCCCUUGCAAAUAUUGAGGGAAUUGAGAAAGCGGUUCCAUUUCUGAAGCCAAUAAUCGAAAUGAAAGUCAUAAAGUCUGUCAUCCAAGGUUUCCUUCCUGGACUUGCUCUCAAGUUAUUCCUCAUCUUUCUCCCCGCAAUCUUGAUGAUGAUGUCGAAAUUCGAGGGAUUCAUUAGCCUUUCCACAUUGGAGAGGAGAUCUGCAACUAGAUAUUAUAUUUUCCAGUUCAUCAAUGUUUUCCUCGGCAGCAUAAUCACAGGAACUGCAUUUCAGCAGCUGGACAAUUUCAUACACCAGUCUGCAACUGAGAUACCAAAGACGGUUGGAGUCUCGAUUCCUAUGAAGGCGACUUUCUUCAUAACUUACAUAAUGGUUGAUGGGUGGGCUGGAGUUGCUGGCGAGAUACUUAGGUUGAAACCUCUUGUAAUCUACCACUUGAAGAACUGGUUCCUUGUCAAGACUGAGAAGGACAGGGAAGAGGCAAUGGAUCCGGGAACAAUUGGUUUCAACACAGGCGAACCGCAGAUACAACUCUACUUCCUACUUGGCCUCGUAUAUGCAGUGGUGUCCCCUAUCUUACUUCCCUUCAUCAUCCUGUUCUUCGCCCUGGCAUUCGUUGUUUAUCGACAUCAGAUCAUAAAUGUGUACAACCAGGAGUACGAGAGUGGUGCAGCAUUCUGGCCCGAUGUCCAUGGACGAAUCGUGGGUGCAUUGGUCGUCUCACAACUUCUGUUGAUGGGGCUAAUGAGCACAAAAGAAGCCGCGCAAUCAACACCGUUGCUCAUCACCCUCCCCGUGUUGACAUUGUGGUUCCAUCGCUUCUGCAAAGGCAGAUAUGAACCUGCCUUUGUUAAGUAUCCAUUACAGGAAGCGAUGAGGAAAGACACAUUAGAACGCGCCAAGGAGCCGAACCUCAACCUGAAAAGCUUCCUCCAGAGUGCAUAUGUGCAUCCAGCCUUCAAAGAGGUGGACAAUGAAGGCGAUGAGAGCGACGGGGACUUGGUCUCGACGAAGCGCCCUCAAAGUAAACACAGCAGUAAACACAGUUUUUCAUCUCUGCCUGAAGACCCUGAACGUUCACUGCUUUGAUUAAUGGCUACAUUGUAGGGAGGAGAGGGGGUUUGUCCUUCAAACUUCUUCCCCACUGUAAAUGCUCUAUCUACUCUUAAUAGGCGGGAGAUAUAGUGUGUUUGAAUCAAAUAGGGGGCAUUUGCUAGAGAAAGAAUAAUAAAGAUAGAGAUCCUUCUCUAAGAUUUUUGUGCUAGUAUGGUUAGCUCUUUGUUUUCAUGGAACCUACUGCUAUUUUUGCAGUGUAGAUAUGCUUCUAGAGCACAAAUAGAUGUCUUUUUCUCGUGUCAUAUCCAAGAAAUUCGUAUUUUCGUACAUCAUCCUAAAUCAGGAUCUGAAAUCGAAUCUUAUUAGACUUGAGAAUAAAGUGUUUUUUUUUAC